CUUUCAUUGUAGCUUUGUUAGAACUGGAGGCCAUGUCAGAUUUUGGUUUGUCAAGGUUUUGUAGAACCGUAGCAUUUUCUUGAUUUUAAAUUAUAAUGUUCGGCUUUAAAUGUCCUCGCGCCGUGAUGUAAGUGUGUUCGAGUUGUAUUCUGAGGGACGUUGAUGCAAUGUUAGAUCGCUACAGUUCGUCCCUAGCCAUGGCGGAGGCGAUAAUGGCGAUUUUAACAGUGGUCUGUACAUUGAAGAGUGUAGGAGGGACGUACCCCUUAUUGCGAACUCGCAGGGGUCAACACGAGUGCGGAGGUGUGGACGGGCGCUGUUGUCCUGGCUGGUCCCGGACCGGGGAUAGUCGACUCUGUCUGACACCCAUAUGUAGAGGAUGUGGUUCCGGAGUAUGUACAUCCCCUAACCUAUGCGCAUGCCCUGACGGAAGUGUGAAAUCUUCUUGUCAUGUAGUAGACACGCCAACAGCUAUAAAUGCGAGAUCCGUUCUUCCGGUCCAGCUGUCUACUUGUGAACACAUUGGAUGUGAACAGAGAUGCGAAGAAGUGCAGGGUAUCCCACAAUGCACCUGUAUGUCUGGUUUCGCAAUAAUUGAUCGACGAUCCUGUCGAGAUGUGAAUGAGUGUCGUGAGGGACGCCGGAAGUGUUACCAAGGAUGUAUCAACACGGUCGGAAGCUUCAUGUGCACCUGCUUCCGGGGGUUCACGCUGACCGACAAUGGCCGUUCAUGUCGCCGACUGCACGAUUAUCGUAACUCCCCGUGCGGAUCAGGCUCACGUGCACGAGGUCGACCCUGUGGAAUUCACCCCCUCAAGCUUACAUCCGAAGUUGAUGUUGAUUCACCAUGUGGGGAAGGCCAGCCCUGCGGAACGCCUUCGUAUCACGCCAUACCAUCUGUGGUACAUCCUCCACCGCUACGGCCAUGUGGUUCAGACGGCGUACCCUGUGGAUCUUCUCCACACGUAGACUUUGGAUCCCAGUCCCCGUGUGUACCAAGUUCCUCUCCUUGUGAUACAAAUGCGCCGGAAAUUCCAUUUUCCGUAGAUCACAUGCCACCUCCUCCAUGUGGUUCCGAAUCUCAACCCUGUGGUUCCGAAUUACCGUGUGGAUCGAAUAGAGAGCCAUGUGGAUCAAAUCCGCCGUGCGGAUUGGAGAACCAACCCUGUGGACCAGAAGUACCGUGUGGAACGGAUGCUCAGCCAUGCGUAGCAGUUCCACAAAUCCCGACUGUUGGUGAAGAAUUUCCUAUCCUUCCAGAAUGUAGGGGUCCCGAUUGUAAUCCAACUUUUCCUCACGAAGCGCCCGAUCAUCGAGAGGCAUUGUUUCCAGAAUUCACGAACACUGAAUUUCAGCCCGUUCCAUGUUUGGGACGUGACUGUAAUACCGCCCCGGGCGAGGUUGAUGGAAAUCAGCCCUGUACAUCCGGAGCAUGUCAGUUUAUACCAGAAAUGUAUCCGGACAUUACUCGACCAUUAGAUCCAAUCGUGCAGAGUCUCAGUCCUUGUUUGAGUGAUGAAUGUGUGCAUGACCGUCAAACACGUACACGAAAUACACAAUUCGUUUUACAAACGGCCCAAUUCAAUGAAAGGAUGCCCUUCUUCCAGGAGGAAAUGUCAACGUUGACAGAGAUUUCCCGGGGAAUUUAUCCGUGUCCACGAUCUGGGUGUCAAACAGGGUACAACGGUCCCGGUACUCCCUCUGUAUUUAACGAUGUAUCACACCGCUUACAGCCAGACAGCGCCUUUACCAAAUUCGACAACGAGGCUGCACCAGAGCAUUACACGACCACAGAAAGUACACAAACCGUUCAUAAUAGACCUAAAUCUCCAAAACUGCGCCCAGCGGUCGCGUCUAGGCCAGCUCUACCCCGACCGUCAUUUAGAGUAGAAACAAUUACUGGCGAUUGGAACCAAGACAGAAGACACACUGAUGAACGAAAGACACAGCAGUUGAUUCAAAAAUCACGUGCAGGAGUCAAUGAUGACAUAGAGAGGUUAAAAGGUCACAACAGAUUAGACAUUACAGAAUGGAACACGGGGACAUUGUCAAAGAAAGUCAAUCCACUUCACGAGGGGAGGAGAAUAAUCAAAGAGACCCCGUUACACCCAAUUGAGCAAUCAGAUCAGUCCUUACCAAAAACGCCGUAUCGUAGAAGAAAAAAUAAGCAAAAACGUAAAAAUAGAAAACAGAGAAAAAACAAAAAGUUACGUAAGAAGAACGUUGUAGAAAAUAGUAAAUCCAAAGGGUCACGCAUGAGAAUGAACCGGACGUCGACUCAUCAUGAAUCGGAAACACCAAAAUCGACAACGCCUCUUCCUGUUGAUUACAUCCCUAGGACGUCCUCGACAAUUUCAGCUAUCGAAUCGACGGAAAGAACUAGCUUUGAAGAUAAGAUCAAAACAUUUGUUAUGCAGUUUAACAAGCUACGAGGCCGACAGAGGGCCAGUAACCCGGCUACCCGACCAAAGGGGGAAGGGAGGGGAAAACAGGAAGGCCGUGCAGGAGAGCGACGGGGACAAGAACGGAUAUGUCGGGACGAUUUAUGUACAUCAUAUAUUAGAUCUUUUGGGACAGAUGAUGAGGCUAUAUCAUCAGAGCCAUGUCCUCCGGGCUACCGUCAGCGCGUGGAGGGUGCUACAGUAUACUGUCAGGCCGUCGGUGAGGAGGACGUGUCUGACCUUUCUCCUGGAGUAACGAGGCGUUCUGACCUUCCCGAGAUGACAAGGAGUUCAAUCCCGCCAGAUAUAUCUCACCACGCUAUCCCUCCAACAAUGAAAACUAACCCUUCACCGGUGAUUGUCAAUACAAUUUCCCGUGACCAUACUCCUACUCCGACAUCACGUAUUGAACCUGUCCAACAGCAAGGUGUCUGCCCUGCUGACCAGGUAGCCGUCAACGUACUGGGUGGCGUUGUCUGUCAGUAUAAGGGAACGCAGACAACGCCACCCCCAGCGUGUCCACCAGGGCAGCUCAUCACUAGGUCCGGUAUGGGAUCCAUGUGUGCAGCCGCUGGUGAAGUCCGGCCUGUUUGUGGGAUAGGUACGAGUCUGACACAGGUCAUGGGGAGAUAUAUUUGCGAGGAAAUAUCAGCUGCAUGUACAUCUGGGAAAUCAAGAGUGCUAACGUCUUCUGGAUGGCGAUGCGUAGGUUCACCGACCUCGGCCCCUUGUCCCGAUGGGCUUGAACCCGUCGACACGCCGGUGGGAAGGGUGUGCCAAUAUACGGGUCAGCAACAAUCUCCCAUCCCUACUUGUUCUCCGGGUCAGCAGCUCGUACGUUCUCGUACCGGAUAUACGUGUAACUAUGGUAAUGUCCCCACUACCCGGGAAUCAUCACGGAUAUGCUCUCCUGGGUUCAUCCCAUUGGACACAACGGACGGCCAGAGAUGUAUCAAGGACCCUACUCUCAAAGUUAGUGUCGUCGACUGUCCUGUGGGGUUCAGGAUAUCACUUGGGGAAUGUCAGCCAGUGGGUACGAGUGAUGACAGGAGUGAGGAACCUUGCCCUCUGGGACAAGAGGCAGUGUUCACGGACAGUGGUCGUAUGUGCCAGUAUCGUUCGCGAGGUAGCCAUGGAAACAAUCGAAGUGUCUCACAAAACAAUCCUGAUAACUCGAAUAAUAACCAUGAAAACUCGAAUAGAAACGAUGGCAAUUCGGAAAGGAACCGCGACAAUACAUAUAUGAACCCUGGUUACUCAAAUAAUAACAACGGCGAUACCAGCAAGAAAUUUGGAGACUUUGAUGGUAACCCUGACGACAUAGGCACGAGAUGUCCCCGAGGUCAAAUAUUGACCCAAAAACGAACUGGGUUUCUCUGUGAUUUCACCACUGUCGAUGUAACGGAAUGGAUAUGUUCUCCACGGGAGGUAAUCGUACAAUUGACCUCUGAACUUGGCUGCGUGGAAGUCACACAGACAACCAUUAUGUGUGGGAAUGAUCUUGAACUCGCUUGGAGUCAUAAAGAUCACGAAUUCACCUGUCUUCACUCUUCUACGUCAAGUCUGGGCGAUAUAUCCCCGACAACACAACAACCCUUAGUCUCCUGGAAAACUCAGGUACCCCGGAAGAGAGAGGGUCCAUUUUCGUGUGGGAUAGCGGAGAUCCAGGUCAUAGAUGAUGAAGGGCGACGAUGUGUUGUCAUGGAAACUGAUAAUGGGUUAUGUGGGGAGGCCUAUAUCGUUCAGACACUUGAAAAUGGUCAAAAGAUAUGCAAAUCUCGGACAAUGAAAUUGAAGUGCCCGGAUGGGUAUGAACUCAUGGCGACAGGCCGGACUCCAGAGUGUAUACGUAUUGGAGUAUCUGCCGUACCGUUGAGUCCCUGUGAAGAUAACUACAGCAUUAGUGACGAUGGUGGAGGUGCCAGAUGUGUGCUGUCCCACGUAGGGCCCGGAUGUCCUGGGGAAAACAAGACAUCCGGUUGUGGGCUGAGUUUGGAGUCCUUGCAAAUGGCAUGUAACCCCCAAUGUUCUAACGGAGGCGUGUGUAAGGAUGGUACAUGCAUAUGUUCGCCAGGUGUCACAGGAGUCGCCUGUCAACUAGAUGUGAACGAGUGCCACCUGUUACCGAGGGGUCACUGCCAGUACGACUGUCGGAACACGGUCGGAAGCUACCACUGUGUCUGUCCCCCCGGACGUGCCAUAAACGCAGACGGACGCACGUGUAAAGCUGUUGAAUGUACACCUGAAUGUCUCAACGGCGGUCAUUGCCGAGAUGGGACCUGUCACUGUGCGGCGGGAUUCGAGGGAUUAUUUUGCCAGACAGAUAUUGACGAAUGUUCCCGUCACUCAGGACUGUGUCAGCACCACUGUCGGAACACACAUGGUGGGUACGCAUGCGUCUGCUCGCCCGGAAGUCGACUUCGACAAGACGGACGGACGUGUGUCAACACAACGUGUAUUCCUGAGUGUAGAAAUGGAGGUGUGUGCAUACAUCACAGGUGCCACUGUCCACGUGGGUACCAGGGGAUCACGUGUCAACUCGAUAUUAAUGAAUGUUUAGAAUUACCAUGCAGUCACAUCUGUGCGAAUCUCCCCGGAAGUUACAUCUGCUCAUGCCCGGCUGGAUUUGAAUUGGGUAUUAACCUCCAUACAUGCUCAAAUUCAACAACUCCUGGGAUGUGAUAUGACGAGUAUAGACCUACAUUGUUGACACAUACUGUUAACAAUGGGCAGAUCAAAUGUAUUAUAAUUAACAACAGAUCAGAUCAAACAGAACAGCUGUACGCUAUAUCUACAUCGUAAACAAACCAACAUGAACACAACAAUCAUAUCGCUAUCGUCAACAAACUCCAAUACAUAUGUGGCAGCUAUUCUGUGUCCUAACCGUUCCUAUUUUGAAUGUUACAUAAAUUGCUAACACGGCAGAUUCUUCAUCGUCAAAGUACCAAUUCAGUGUCAAUAACUAUCGUUUUUUUACAAUCAAACUAGUACCUCAAUGUCAACAGCUAGAUGCAUCAAAUAUAUAUCAUCAAAACAACAAAUGGCAGCGACUAUCAGAUCAACAUCAUCAAAAAAACAUCAACAUAACAACGAUCUCAUAUCUUCAUCAUCGAAAUAUUGAAGGUAUUGUCGACAACGAUCAUGUCUACAUUGUCAAAAUACCAAUACAGCCAUUGUCGACAGAUACUUAUCAUAAUCAUAUCGUCAGAACGUUAUCAUUUGAUUCAGGGUGACAUUGUGGCAUCCACCGUAUCACACUGAAAAUGUCCAUUGCAUCUUUAGUGACAUGAAAUAAUACAAACAUGACAUUCUGGUAAAGAUAUAUGCACAUUUACUCAUGGAUGGAUUGAAAAGGCAUGCACAGGAAAACGUCCAGCUAUUACCUCCAGCAGUGAAGGGUGGACUUUACUUCAGAUGUUCUUUUGAGCUGCAUCAUUGAAAGCGCUGUAUUGUAUUUAAGGAUUAGAUUUUUAUAUGAUAUUAAUGAACGAAGUGAAAAUCGUCUAAAAUUUAUGUUAAUUUUUUGCGGAUUUUUUUUUUACCUUCAACAGACUUCAACGAACUUCCAUGAACUCAACGAAAUACCAUCAAGUCUGAAUGACAUUCACUGAGAUAUAAUUUCAUUUAUGACGUCAUCGUGUUUGUUAACUCAUCAUUAUGAUAACGUUCGUCAUCGAAAAUCGAUAAAACGCUUUUCUAGUGAUUAAAAUAUACUUGGAUUACACUUUUUUUUUAUUACAAUAAUUAUGAAUUACAUCAAUCACUCUUGUUGACCAGGAUGUUAGCACUUAGUAGUCUUUGUGUUGAAGUAAACUGCCGGAGUAUCCAGAGAAAACCCCUCGGGCAGGUGACCCUAUACCUUUUCCCGUCCGAUUGAGUUAUCGAACAGCGGUAGAACAGCUACCGCCUUGGUGAAAGGCGAGAGCUUUAUCCACAGCGCCACCUGACAUUCCCCCAAAAUGACUGAAUAUUUCCUUUCUUCAUAUGUAUAUAUUGAAAAUUAUUGUUUCUAGGCAAAAUAAAAUCACAAUUUGCCGUCUGAAAAUAAAACACGAUUGCUAUAGAAGCAUCUAAAU